UCCAAUCUAUUCAAUCACAGGAUCUGAAUAGGCUAUGUUUGAGUCUUAUUUACGAUUCACUGAAACUUCAGAUGCUUUACACACACACACACACCUGGCAUUUCUGCUUGGCUCCACUCAUACAUUUGCUAUAUUUCUGGUGGGUGGUGACACAUUUGGUCCACUUGUUUUGUUUUGAUCAAAACAUUGCAGUGCUGUACCAUUGUGAGGAGUGUAUUAAGUAAGACUUCAUUCCUUUUCCAGCCCUUUUCGCUGGCGGGGAGCGCCUGUGGAGGGCGUCCUGUUGCAGCUGAGUCCCCGCAGCCAAUCACAGCUGCGCGUUCACCAUCCCACAUAAAGUUGGCUCUCUUUUUUCCGGUGCCGAACGCGUCGGCGUUUGGAGCAAACAGGUUUCUUAUCUCCUUCCUUCCCCGGGCUGUAAAAUAUGUGGCCGAGCCGAACGGCGUGCACGUCCCACGUCGGCUCAAAGUAAGACUUGGCGGCAGGAAAGAGCGUGAAGAAGAAGAAAAAAAAAGAAGAAGACGAUGUAUCUGUGGCGCUUCUCCAUCGCCGUCACCCUGGGCCUGGUCUGGUACUUCUCGGACUGCGGUCGCACGGUGACACAAUACUGCAUAUGUUUCCUAUUUUGCGCCUCAACCCCGCUGCUGUUCGCGAAGCACGGGCGGGAGAGCAGCACCCAGACCGACGAGGACGCGGAGAAACACCCGCUGCAGGAAACUGUUCAGGAAGAGAUGUUGGAUUUGACUGAUGAGGGAACACUUCAGCAGUCUGAGCCAGCAGAGACUCGAUACCCACACGUAAAGAAAUCUUUACAGCAAGUGUUCGAGUGCGCCUACGCUCAGCUGGUCCUGCCUUGGUAUGGCGUCCCCGAGCCGUGCGAGCAGCAGCCGCUGCACAAGGUGCUCAGCAGGGAAUUUGACUUCGUAAUCGACCGUAUCGUGGAGAGGGGCACAGACUUUGAUGUGUGCCAGGCGGUGGUGGGCUCCAUACGCAUCCUGACCCAGCACUUGCAUAACGCGAAGCAACCUGACAGGGUACCCUUAUUCAGCUCCAAAGCCGAGGAGAUGGCAGUUCUUCGAGAGUUUUCCGAUGUCCUGGUACGCAGCCUUUUCCCCAAAUCUCUCUGGGGCCUCGAAGUCAACCGCUGUGCCUUAAACGAAAUCAUUGCCUUAAAGGGGUUGGGGCUGCUGGUGAAUUGGCUUUCUGACCCCGACAACCUGAACCAGCUGGUGGUGAACCAGCUGGACAGUGUUACACCUAAAAGCUCCGAGGAGGAGCUGCAUGCCUCUGACCCGGAUCAGGCCUCCCAGGCUUCACAGGAGGACGACGGCAGGGGCGAAAACAGCGAAGUGGGUAUGGCAGGAGCAUGGAUUUCAACCAGCUCUGAGAUCAAGGGCAAACGGAAAGGAAACAAAUUGAGGGAAGGAUGGUCUAAAUUUGUGGACAAGAUGAAGUCCAAAAAAGCCAAGAAGAAAAAGAUGAAGAAGAUGGAGCAGGAGCUGGUGAUGAGGAUUAUGGCCAUCCAGGGCGACGUGUCCAACGAGGACGAGGUCAGCAGCAGGGAGGGCUCCGUCCCGAGCCAGGACGACUCGGACAGGGUGAGGCUGCCCCGGACGAAGCGCCGCGUUCAAAUGGAAACGGCAGUUUGUCAAAGCUCACAGAUGUUUUGCCAAAACCCCCAUCAGGAAGACAGCGAUCUGGAGGACUAUCUGGCCAGCGUCCAGGAGGACAUGAUGGAAUUCAAGCUCUCUUAUGAGAUGUGGCGCGUUGGCCGCUGGGCCGUCAGCAUCCCUCACGCCGACUGGGAGGAUGAGGAUUUAAUCUUCACCGUUCACCUGGAGGAGAAAAACAGCCCCGAAAAUUUACAGUGGGACGUCAAGAAGACCUACAUGGAUGUUGUCUAUUUCAGAAACAGAUGGCAGGACACCACCAACCUGUCCACCAUCCCUGAGCUGGCUGAGUCAGAGAUCAGCGACGAGCUGAAGGAGGAAGCCAGAGCCUCGGUGGAGCACUUCCUGCAGGAAUUGCUUUCAGAUAAUCUGAUCGGCCACACGCAACCGGUUUUUCAGUUCCUGUGCCCGCUUGACAAACUGCUGAAUGAAGAGGUUCACUAUGGAGGCGUAUGGGGCCUCCUCAGUGGCCUGGCCUACUUCCUCACCCCCGGCCAAGAAGAGGAAGAGAUCUCUAGCCUGCAGGCAGAGGCUCCGAAAGAAGACGCAGUGCCGUCGCCACACCCAGAAUCCAAAGAUCUGCCUGUGGAAAACCAUUGUUAUCCUGUUGAGAACGGCACCAACAUUCACACGUCUCCAGUCCCAACUAUUGUAGUCUCCCAGUUUGAAUCUCCUCCCCUGAUGCCCGAGGGGGCAGAAGGGUGUCCGGGUCCACGGCCCGCCUUUAACUCGGUGUCCUCACAGGAUAGCUGCUUCCAUGAUAAGGCCGAGGACUCCGAUAAUCCCUUAACCUCCCACUUGAAAAUGAUGUUUAGAGGACUGACCAGAUCCAGAUCGCAAGAAUCUCUGUCCUCCACAAAGAACGGCGACGAGGAUCCGUCAGAGCAGCAGGAGGGCACCGAGGGGCUGGCGUGGCUCAGCUUCAGCGCCAAGUCCAAUAAAAAGGAGAAGACGUGUUUCAGGAUGACUUCUGGAUUGAACAAGACGAAAGCAAAGGAGGCCCAGGGCACCCUGCAGCGAGGAGAGGACUCCCAGCUUCACAAAGGACAAGUAGGCUGGGAGCAGCUGGAGGCCACCAAAGCCAUAUUUGAUCUUCUGAAAGAAAUAUCAGGAAACUCCAUCCUUAUCAACAUCUUUGAUGCCAUUUUGAAACCGGUGAUGCCCAUCCUGAAAAAGAAAGUGAACUCUUUCCUGAACAAAGUCAACCCGACAGAGGAGCAGAUGGCCGCCUACAUCGACACCAUGCGGAGCAAACUGUGGCCACAGGUCCAGCCGGCGGCGCCUCCCGCUCCCGCUCGCACCGAGGAGGAGAAGGGCGAGAGCAGGGAGCGAGCGCACGGCCUCAUCAGCGCCCGCUGUGCGUGCCCCUUUCCCCCCCCCGGCGCCCGGUCGGCCGUCCCACCGGUGGAUAACGCUCAUUCUCUCUGUGCAGACUCCAAUUACCUGGUCCUGAAGAAGACGGACAUGGAGGGCGUUUUUAACCUUUUCCAGGACAGCGAAGAAAACAAAUCUUUGGUCUACAUGCUCCUUUCCUUUCUCUUCAGAGAAUUUUUGCCCGAGCAUUCGUUGAGCGUCAGCGCCGCGUCUCUGCAGAAGCUCACCAGCUCCGUCAACUGAUCCGUCAACCUCUGAUGCUGAUUUUAAAGCCACUGAUUUGAGGUUUUUAGAAUUUCCACUUAUUUAUUGACCAUCUUUAGGUGCCUUAAAAUGGUUGGGACCACUCAUAUGUCAAUGUUCAACACCAUUUCUGUGUAAUUUUUACCUCAAACACACUGUGAAUUGUCCCCUUUGUUUGGACUUUUUGUGCACAUUUCCAUCCGGUCAGUGUGUCUUUAUUUGUGAAAUCCAAAACAUGAUCUGUGGGAACAAGUGUGGAAUAUUCAGCCUUUAUUGGCAAUCUCAGGAAGAGGAUGCCAUCUUUGUUUAAUACUUACAGUUUGAACAUCACCCCUCACGUGUUCUGUUUAUGAAAAAUGAUGCUUUUCUAAUAUAUUUUCUAUCACUUUUAGCACUUUUGUGGGGUGAAAGUAAAUGGUACUUUGCUGAUUUUACUCAAGGCUUAAAAAGCCAAACAUAUCUUGAAAUGUACAGUUACUGUUAAAACCUGACCAGUGCCACUAAGAAAACUUGAAGUAUUGUCCAAAAACUUUAAUGUAUUCCAAAUAAAAUAUUUUGAUAAA